AUGGAACAGGAUGGGACAGAAAAGGCGGGAAUCUUGGAAAUGCAAAAAUUGCACAACCUUUCAGAAAAGUUCAAUGUUAUCAUCUUAACUGAAGUAUGGAUCAAGCGAGGGGAGGAGAACAGGUACCAGAUGGACGGCUACGACAUGCUUCUGCAGGACAGGCCAGAUAAUCAGGCCGGCGGAGUCACUAUCUACGUUGACGCAUCCCUUAUCUACACUCACCGCCUUAUCUUACUGCCGACUGCGAAGCUUAUCAACGUUAUCUUAAUAACAUCUAGUAAUGUUAUCAAGAGUGGCGAUAACACUCACACUCUGAUUGACCCUCUGAACAUCUCUAGGUAUUCAAUUAUUAUCUGCAAUUCAACACUCAACCUUUCAGAAAAGUUCAAUGUUAUCAUCUUAACUGAAGUAUGGAUCAAGCGAGGGGAGGAGAACAGGUACCAGAUGGACGGCUACGACAUGCUUCUGCAGGACAGGCCAGAUAAUCAGAAUCUGAGUGAAAUAAAAUUGAUUAUGUAUAACAUUUUAUAUGAUUACAGCUAUAAUAAUUCCAAACACAUCACGACCAAAGCACACCAACACCAAAAGCACCCAUCCCCGACCUACACCCUCCCCCCCCCCUCCCCAUCCCCCCCAUCCCCCAUCCCCACCUCGUACACCCCCCUCCACAUCCCCCCCCACCCCAUCUCGCCCCACCCCGCACUUCCCCCAUCCCCCUCUUCCCACCCACCCCGCCCGCCCCCCCACCCCCACUCCCCCCCCCCCCGCACGCCCCUUCCCCUUCCCCCCCCCCCCCCCCCCGCCCCUCCCCCCCAGCUCCCCCAACCCACCCCCCACUCAAACCCGACCCCCUCCCCCACCCCUCCCUCCACCCCCUACCCCCCCCCCCCGCCCCCCCGCCCCCCCCCACCCCCCACACUCCCCCCCCACCUCCCAGGCUCCACCCCCCACGCCCCUACCGCCUCCCCCACCCCACCCCUCCACCCCCGCCCCAGUUACCCCACCCCCCCAUCCCUCCCCCUCCCCCCCAACACCCGCCGCCCUUCCCCCCCCCCCCCCCGCACCUCACUACACACCCAACCAAGCACAUACCCACCCCGCCCCGCCUCCCCCCCCCCCUACCGCCCCCACCCUCCACCCCCACCCCCACACGCCGCCAUAGACGACUCCUCCUUAGCACUUAUAUGCCCUCUGCCCUACCUCCACCGAAUCUUACAAAAACCUACAAAACUACCACACAACACCCCGCAUUAA